AUGUAUCAAAGAAGCAAUUCUAGAGUACCGCCGAUUCCUCAGCCUGGCCCGACUCAUCAUGACUUUCUCCUUCAACAGCAGCUCGCCGCAGCGCAGCACCAGCAGCUUGCCCAACUCCAGGCCGGCGCCCAUGGGCUUAUGGGUGGCCAUUUUCCCGGACCCCCGGGCGCCGCUGGCCUUUCUGGGCGGAAUUUAAUGGAGCUCGACGCCAUGUACGUGCAGCAAAUGCAGCAGCAAGCUCUGGCACACCACGCUUUCGCGCAAUCUCAAGGCCAUGCUGCGUUUCCUGGCGGUACUCACCAUCCUGGUUUUCCAGGACAUCCGCUUGGACAGCCCGAUCCUCGAACUGCGAAAGCUCGAACUCCUGCUCCAGCGACGCCGAAGCCACACGCCUCCAAUCCGUUUAGCCAUACGAACGCGCCUAGUGGAGCAGGGACUCCAAAAACCCCGACGAUUUCUGUUUCGGUUCCAAGCAGUUUGCCAAGUUUUGGCGGGGGCUUUCCUCCCUCCGCCUCUGAUCCGCUGUAUUCGAUGAUUUCCGCCGAACAAAAACUUCGUGAAAGGGAGAGGCAUCUCUACGAGCGAUCCCGACGCGAGAGCAAUCAUUUCAAUCAAGCGCAAUCAACGUCUCGUCAUAAUCAAGCCCCUUCUUUUAGCAACUCAAUCUUCAAACAAUCUGACCUUCAAUCGUCCCACAACUUUCACCAACCCCAGCCGGCAAAAGUCGCCCCAGUCGCCGUCGACAAAAGCAUCGCCUCCCAUUACCCCCUCGACCUUUCAAAUGCUCCUUCAAGAAUCAACUGCGAAAAUUUUGAGCCAGUGCGCGUUGUCGCUCCUUCCGUUCAGCGCGAACUCGACCGAAUCAAAGCCGAGAAAGAAAAGAGAAGGCAACUAAAAGCGCAGAAAACGAGCUCUACUUCCGCCGCACAAGCACGACCAAGGAAUGCGUCAACGAGCUCCCAAUCGAGCAAAAAAGCGCCCGCUCCUCCCAACUCCUCUCUCCCUAAUUCUGUUCCCAACCCUCCCAAGGCGCAACUGCCGCCACAGAUUCAAUCCAUUCUUUCUCAAGAACCAGCUCCGUCUUCCGAAAGGAUUAGUCCGAAGAUUCACUUUCCCGAAAUCGGAAAAGCAGAAGUUCAAGAGAAAGAAAAGGAUGAGAGUCAGGUGGCGGGUAAAAAUGAAAGCAACUCCAACAUUUCAUCAUCGACGCCAUUACUUCAAAACCACCACCAAAGUCAACACCUUCUGGCUCAGAAGACCAGCAAGCUAACCAGUGGAGCGCACACCACGCUGACCCAGUCCAAAGACAUCAUCAGAACUCAUGAGGACUAUAUUAGGUGCAAGCAAGAACGCCAAAAAGUCAUGCCCCCCUCAAGCAACAACCCAGAUUUCCUAUCCAAAAUCUACGAGAGUGUGUUGGCCGACAAGAUGCAGCACCAUGGAGUCGAAGACUGGCUGCGCUCGAUGCUCAUCAGCGAAUCUCGCAAAAACUCAGCGUCGUCUCAAUCUUCUUCCUCCCGAAAUCGCCUCUCUGAAACAGGCCACCAAAUGCGACGUCGUCGAUCCUCCGCCUCUUCCUCCACCACUGGGGAUCGCCAAAAAGUCCAGACUGCGAACGUGUGGAUUCCGCCUGUCGAUCAAUACAGCAAUACUCAGGAUCAUCAUUCCAUGAACGCACAUCAGCAGAUUCCGCGUAGUUCAGUCAUUCGAUCAGAUUUUUCAGCGCACUGGGGUCGCGGAUCAGCGAAUCUUUUGUAUCAUCCAUCUCAUAAUAAUCUCCAUCAUUUUCAGGCUGCUCAGAAUCAUGCGCAGACUCACUUGACCAAUUCCAAUGGCUUGGCUCAUUCCUCAGAUAAUUCCUCGAAAAAAUUGCAUCACGAAAACAAGCUGCCUCUUUUGACGGAAGCAAUUCGUUCGACCGACCGGACUUACAGUUCACUGCAAAAGAACAAAGCCGAAACUCUUGAAAAUCUCAAGCAGCAGAUCUUUCGCAAUUGGAACAAAUCUGGUACCCUUCCGCAGCCCAAGGAGAUCUUCAGCGAUUCUAAGAGGCCUGGUUCUCCAAUUGAUGACGAAUUGAGGCGGAAACGGUCGAAAUCUACAGACAAGAGCGACCCACACUCGUCGAUUGAUCGACCAAAGUUCAACCUAACGGAUCGCAUCAAAGAAGAACUCCCCGGCCCCUCGACCACUCAUCCAAAUGUUCCAAAAGUUCCCAAGGCCGAAAACGAAGAGGCCGAAGCCGACACACUUGACAGUUCGCUCGGCGCCCUAGAAAUAGUCGAAGAGCCAGACACCCCCACAAUUGGAGGCGAAGAACCUACCACUGAAGCCUCCCUUCUCGCCAAUCCCGACACCCUAGAUGCUGACUCCGAUGACAGCUUGACGAUCCGGAAACCAAAGACGCCUGGAAGAAAGCAGCGUGAAGAAACACCUCAGAUGAAGAUUUACAAGCUCAUCAAGAGGACUCCCUGUCCGCCAAAUGUUAAAAAGCUGUCUUGUAAGCAUACAUCAGGGGAAACGCUGCUUCAUGUCGCCGGUCGUCGAGGUUAUUUGGAAAACAUCGCCUAUUACCUGGAAAUGGGCUGCGAUGUCAACGCCAAAGACAACCACGGCUUUACUCCCCUCCACGAGGCAGUAACGAAAGGCCAUCUGAAUUGCGUCAAGCUUCUUCUUGAGCAAGGGGCGGAUCCAAAUGAUCAAGCCAAGGAUGGAACUCGCCCGAUCCAUGACGCAUCAGAGAACGGCGACAUGAGCAUCUUGAGAAUGCUACUUUCUUUCGGAGCCGAUCCAACGUUGACGUGUUAUUCUGGCGAGAGUGCCUACGAUUUAGCUGAAGAAAUGUCCGAUACAAAGGCUUUCUUGAAAGAAUAUCUGGAGUAUCUAAAAAGCGGCAACAAAAACGAUGAGUUGCCGAUUCUCUACGAACCUCGCGAUAUCGACCACAUCGAGCUCUUCGUCAAAGAAUCACUCAACCUUUCGAAACGAGCUUCAACAGACGAUCUUCCGGCCGGAAUCGAGAACUUGAAAAUCUUUCCAGAGGAAGAGGGACUCUCAGACCAACACUUCAAGAUAGAAAUUUCCGAUAAUCCACUUCCAGAAUCAUAUUGGCUGACAAUUAAUGAAAAGAGCGAUAACUUUAUCCUGGUGCGAGAUGUAAAGAACCGCCUUAUUCCAGACAAAAUCAAACCUGUUGUUCUUUCUCUAGAAGAUCUUAUCCGACAAGUAGGAAAAUCCUCCCUGGUGCAGCUGCCGGACGAUUUGCCGGAAGAAGUCGAACUACUGCCACUCAACAACGAGACGACCAAUCUAAUCGGAUCCAAAUUUUGGUCCCGCGCUUGUGCCUGA